UGUCUGGUCACUCCUAUCUUCUCCUCCAACCAGAGCCAACCUUAGUCUGCCGCAAGUCCGAAUCUGAAAGCAGUUGAUUCAAAGAUUGACCGUCUGGCCCAUGCACCAUGUCCUUUACGUGUAUUGUCAUGACGAUGCUUCUGGGCACCUCAAUGGUGAUUGCAUUUGUUUUGCAGCCAUCCAAGGAAGAUUCUCCUGCCCCUGCGAACUCUCCUGUAACGCAGCACAGGUGCUCGGGGGUGUCAUUGCAGUCCAUCAGAAAGAGACUCCUCGAUGGCCUCAACUUGCAGGCUGAGCCACAGCUGCCUGCUGGUGGGCUGGACGGUAUCGGAGAGCAAUGGAGGACCACCUUCGGCUCCAUUGCUCACAGAGUGAAGGACAAUGGGGUUCCAGUGGCCUCUGGCAACUCUGUGUCACCUGAUGGUGGAAACAGUACAGGCCUGAAGUGCUGUUCCAUUGCCUCUGAGAUCUUCAUGAAAGAUCUGGGUUGGGACAACUGGGUGAUCCAUCCUGCCAGCCUUACCAUCGUCCAGUGUGCACUCUGCAACCCUGCAGGGCACCCUGUGCAAUGUCCACCAUCCGACAACAGUGAUGAUGUCCCUCAGACGCCAUGUUGUCAGCCCAUCUCCCUCCAAACGGUGCCUGUUCUCUACGUGGAUGAGUUCAGCACCCUUUUCAUCUCCUCCAUGCAGCUGGCCAGUAGCUGCGGGUGUGGGCCUAGCAACCUCCAGCACCUGGGCACAAAGUAAAGUUUGUUUAAUAGUCCUUUGUAUGGGAGCCACCUGGUGCACACACUCACACAAAAUGAAGAAAAGGUAGUUUUACAUUUUAUACUGGCCAAUCUUCUCUCAACAUACUUAUCUUAGGUCCUUUCAGUGUGUAUUCAGCACCCAGUGUGGGAACCAAAGCAAAGUCUCCCUCGGUUUUGCAUUCCUGUUUCUCCUUUCAAACAAGAGCAUACAUCUGUUGAGCCAGCCAAACAUAAAUCUGAUCAAUUAUUAUUUUAGAGGUUAACUGCUGAUGAUUUUGAUGAUGAUAAUGAUACUGCAUAACCAUAAGAAUGCAUUUCUGUAGAUAAGCCCAAGUAUUUAUCUUGCACCAAGAGCUACAGAGAGCUGGAAGUGAAACACUAACAGCUAACUGUUACAGAGUGUUCCUAACAAAAAUGUGAGACUGUGCAGAGCCAAAUCCUUACUCAGACCAGUUGUUUCCUCUCAUCUGUGAACAACUCCUUUCUUGGGCAAUUUAAUUCAAAAGGCAAAUUUAAUUCUUUUUUUUUUUCAUGUGGUAAAUUAAUAAUAAUAAUAUACAUAUAUGACAACAAUUCUCUACUCCUAAACAUAUUAAAUUUCAUAUCAUUUUUUCCUGGGUACGGACAUCAUCUGUAUUGUGCUUUCUAUUAGCCCUGCUCCAUUUUCAUGUUUCAACUUGUAGAAAGGAUAAACCCAACAUUGCAACCCCCGAAAACAGACUUUUGGAAUAAACAUUUGGAAUGAAUCAUAAUUACAACGAGGUAUAAAAUUACAUUUAAAAACUACUUUUUCUAGACAAAUCUUCUUUGAGAUAUGCCAUGAGAUCAUAGGUUUGAUGUUGUUCAGCUUGUUUUUUUUUUAUUUUUUACCUUAAACAGUUUUUUCCUUGUCUUUUAUAUUAUAUUUUCAUAAAUGAACACAACAAAUGUUGUUUGAUUUAAAUAAAAUGUCCUUUACAAUGUUACAUUUUUAACAGCAGAGUUCUUGUUUUCCAUCAUAUGCAUUUAACUUGCUAUAGUUCUCAGUUUAUCAUUUUUUUAUGCUUUUGUCUACAACUGACUUUACAAAAUUACCUCACCAUGUACUUUAUUUUAUUUUUCAACUAUUACUUAUUAUAUUGACAUAGCACCUCAACUUAAUCUAUGUAUUUAGAUCUCAUACAAAGUAUUGUAUUGUGCUAAUGAAACUGCUAUGGUAUUCUAAUCAUUUGUACCAAUUUCCUGAUUUUUUGCUCCCAAACUUUUGAAUAAAGAUUAUUAGAAUCAUCA